UUCAAAAUAUGGAGAUUUCUCAGUUUGGAGUUUUGUGACUGACGAUCAAGAGCUUUUAACUCUCAAAUUACUUUUAAACAGCCGCUAAAUCCAUGCAACGCUGCUGCCUAAGAGUGGUGAACACAGCGCUGCACAGAUCCAGAGGAGGAUUUGUGAGCUGCUAAUCAGUUGCAGCUGAUCAACAAACCAACAACUCAGCUGUAUCAGUAAGGAUGUUUCAUUUCUGCAACUCACACUGGCCUCUGCUCCUGUUUGUUGCCCUGUGGAGCCUCAGCUACCCGAGUUUGCUUACCGCCUGGCCUGGCACUAGUCGAAGCAAGCCCAAGGAUCAGCUGGACCCUAAUGUAAGGGACUGGGGAGACUAUUCAGACCUCCCUCCUGGAUUUGAGCAGGGGUUGGGGUUGGACGAAGAUGGAGAACAUGGAGACAACAGAGGAAUUGGAGGGUCAUUAUCAAGCCUGACACCGGAGCAGGAUUUCCUAGCUGACUUUGCAGGUAAAAAGCGACUGUGGGUGAUAACAGCACCAUCACAUAAUGAUCACUACCUUCGUAUGAUGGAGAAGCAACUGGAGGACAUGGAACAGAAAUGGCUGAACUGCCGUCUAGCAGAGAGAGACACAUUCAUCAUCACCAUUAUCCAGAACGCCAUGAUGGAAGGUCGAAUCCAGAAAACAACUUUCCAAGGAGAAGCUACAGUAGAGAGCCUGGACCCCGACACAGUAACCAACCUUCUGCACUACCUGGAGCUGACCAACCAGGAGCAAGGGUUCACGAUGUUGGUUCUGAAGAAGAACCUACGGGUCAGCGAGCGCUUCCCUUAUCCGGUCCGCGUUGAGGCGAUUUUGGAGCUCAUUGAUAAUUUCCCAAUGAGGAAACUGGAGAAGAUGACCAGAAAAGGAUCCAACCUGAGGUGUAAAACCACUAAAAAGAAGGUGAAGGUGAAAAGGAAAAAGAUGAAGAAGAAAAUAGUGCUGAGCCCUCAGAGGCGAGGGAAUGUGACUUCUGUUGUGGCAGUACAAAGAAAACCUCCCCUGGACAAAAAAGCUGCCCUGAAGAGUAAGGUCCAGGAUAUACUGAGUGGGCGGUCGAGGUUUGUUAUCCGUAAGGUGCCAACUGUGAGCUCCACAAGGGGAAACGACUCGAGCAGUGGUGGUAAUGGACAGAAAAAAGUGCACGGCCUUCCACCUGUGUCAAAGAGCAGUGAAGAAGUGAAGAAAGACAGGCCUGACUCCACUUUGGACGAAGGAAAGAAAAGACAAGGAGGAAAAAAGAGUGAAGAUAAAAAAGAGGAGAAUAUAAAGGAGGAUAACCAGGAAAAACACAGCUCCAAGAAAAGGGGUAAAGGGAAAAAAGGGAAAAGAGGGAAAGGAAGAGGGAAAAAGUCCAACAGAGAGGCCAGUGAGAAGGAUAAAACAGCCCUGAAGGAGUUUUUGGACAGUUUAAAGGGGACAAGAAGGUUAAUGCUGAUCUCAACACCCAGCAUAGACGCAACACUGUACAUCCAGCAGAGAGAGGAGAAUGAGAAGCAACACUGUGACCUUGCUAUCAGGAAGAUCUCUGUGGCAACCAUAGUGGGUGAAGGAAGUGAUGCCACACUCACGCUACAACACCACCAGCUUGAGUCAGAGCUUCCACUCAGCGACCAAUCAGAACAUUUCUCAGACUCAGGCCUGAUCUCUCUGCUGAGGGCUGAACUCGGCCUGUCGUCCUCAGACCUUUUUUCCAUGACCGUCUCAGACUAUGACACCAAGCCCACUAGAGUCUUUGAGGCUCCUCCACCAAGUCCUGCUCUGUUUGAGUACAUCGACAACUUUCCCUCAAGGCGCUUAGAAAAGGAGAAGGAAAGGAAGAGUCCUCCAGUCUGCUCCAAAAACAAGCAACAGCCUGGAGCUGAGGAUUCUCUGCUCAGGUUCAUGUCUAAGAGGAGACUGCUGCUCAUCUCUGCUCCCUCCAAAGACGACUACUCCUUCCAACAGCAGCUCUCUGCUCUCAGUGGACAGGAGUGUCACCUCGGUAUUCGCCAUUUUGCCAUGUUGAAGCUGACUGGAGUUGGAGACAAAGCAUCAGGAACCGUUGAGCUUUUUCCCCUUAACGGUCGUAGUCAGAGUGAAGUUGAGCCUUUAUCCCGUGACACGGUCAACAACCUGAGAGAACAGCUAAAGAUCAGUAAGGACUAUUUCAACAUGCUGGUUGUGGGGAAAGAUGGCGAUGUCAAGGCGUGGUUCCCAUCACCCAUGUGGUCUCUGGAUAGCAUCUACGACCUGGUGGACUCCAUGGAGCCCCGCCUCCAGGAAGAGAAGCUGCAGAGGAGACUGGGGAUCUACUGCCCUGACGACACAGGGAGAGGAGGCAGCGAGGAGGGGCAUUAUCACAGCUAUGAUGAAGGCGGGACGGAGGAGACGUACUCGUAUCACCGGUCAGAAGAAUGAUGAGAAGAAGGGAGGAAGAAGAUGCAGGGCAAUGAGGAAGAGCUACCUAAAUCCUUAUGAUGGCAGGGCAAAUACAUGAACUCAUGGAUUACACAUAAACAAACUAAUAAACAAAAACUC